UCUCCUCUUUCUCAUUUCACAUCCCUCAAAGCCAUUUCUGAAAUCAACAUUCUAGUUCGAGAGAGAGAACAGAGACGAAAACAAGAAGAAAGUUUUAACCUUUACUGUCUGUUCUAUCUCUCUCUCUUUCAAGAAACCACAUACUUCGAAAACAUGGCUCGUUCUCUCUCUAACGUUAAAAUCGUAUCUGCUUUCGUCUCUCGAGAACUCUCCAAUGCAAUCUUCCGACGCGGUUACGCGGCCACGGCGGCGCAAGCGAGCGUUGGGAAAGGGGGAGCCGUUGUUUCGGGGGUGAUGAAGAAGAAGGGAGUGGAAGAAUCAACCCAGAAGAUAGCUUGGAUUCCAGAUCCCAAAACCGGUUAUUACAGACCGGAAACCGGUUCAAAAGAGAUUGACCCAGCUGAGCUACGAGCAGCUCUCUUGAACAACAAGCAGUGAUGAGUUAACUGAAAAGAAGCUCUGUUUCCGUUAAUUAUUCGUUGUUGAUUUUUAAUGUCUUGGGGAAUAGGGUAAUGAUCCUUUGCGGUGAACCCUAUUUUUGUCUGUCUGCUACGUACGAUUCUGCAAUUAGUAACAUAGAGAAGUCUUUUUGGUUCCUCUACUUUGUAACGAAAGGAUCGAUGGGUGUGUGAUGUAUUCUAUAAUAUAGUUUUUCACUUAUUUGCUAGCAAAA